AGUUGCUAAGGGACGAAUGGCGCCCUAGCAACAGGGAAUCAAAAUAGACUGUGGCGGUCUGGAGUAACUUGUCCGCAGUUUUAGCUCUGCUUUUGCUGUAUAUUUUGGGAUUUUGAAAGAAGAAAGAGACUAUUAUGGGUCAGACCCUCACCCGAGCGGCGCAAUGGACAUCUGUCAGUGAGGGGGGUCAGGGGAAGCUGGAGUUCACCCCCCUAAAUGAGGCGCUGCUUAACGAGAUCAUCAAGUUUGCCGAGGGGUUCGCCUCCAAACACCAACAAGAGGCUCAGACCGUGUUCCGCUCCCCGCUAACCUGGGAAACUCAGAUCGCGCCGUCUGCAUUUUCAGGGGCAUAUGAAGUCAGUGACAACAAGGCUGUAUCAGAGGCUAAGGCACCUGAUGGACAGCCUUUACUUGUGCUGGAGGCUGCAGGGGGCAAAAACACGGUCAGUGUCAGCUCGUUUGACCAACUGUCCGCAGUCCUCAAGUACUCUGGGGACAAGAUGAGAGAGGCCAGGGCCUGCUUGGAAGCCAAUCGUGACCCGGCUGCGAAGAUUCUCGGAGACGGUUACGCGACGAUCGAGGGUGAGGACAACUCCAUGCUGCGUCUGCUGGAGAAGGUGAAGAAGGAGGAGGGUCAGGAGGAGGGAGAGACGCUGCAGGCCACCAUGCGGCUGCUGGUCAUACUGCAGCAGUUCGACAUGCAGCUGCUCAACAUGUCCCUGCAGCACAUCUCUAAGGAGGUUCGUCUGACUCCAGCUGCAGUCAACAGUGAGGUGAAGCUGCUGCAGUCUUUCUCUGGUGAUGACGGGGACAAGACAGUACUGAAGUCUAUUCAGUACACUUCAGACUAUGAGUUUAACAAUGGUUGCCGGGCGCCGCCCUGGCGACAGGUCCACGGGGACAUCUGCUAUCUGGUCAUCAAACCUCACGACACCGACCUACUGUCUGUCAGCGCAAGUACUGCCGGAGUCUACAUCAAUGGGGGUUUUGAGAAGGAGAAUUUCUCCGACUUGAAACACGAGAGAGAGGGAGAGAUCUACAAGGACCUGGUGACGCUCCUGAAGGAAAAGUCUGCUGUGUUUGCCGAGAACAUCGCAAAACAGGACUUCACCCUUCGCGAAGACGAGACGACGGCCAAUCAGUACGACAUCAUGGAGAGCGGGGACGAGGGCGACGGCGAUAACACGCAUCGCACCAACGAGGACGCAAAGAAGGACAGCAAGGAGCCGCAGAAGGCCGAGAAACAGAAGAGCAACUUGAAGAAAACGGGGAAGGACCGAAGUCCACGAAAACAGCCGCAGCCAUCGCUGAAGUGGAAGAACCUGGGGCUCGGGGAGGAGGCUGACGAGAAAAAAGAGGAGAAAGACCAGAUCAGAGAAGGAAGUGCUGGAAAGAAGGAGAAGAAGAAGGUUACAGUCCAGGAGUCCAAAGGACGAGUGUAUCCAGUGAUUAAGGGGCGUAAGUCGAAGACGCCGGCUCAGGACCAGGAGGACACCUUCAGCGAGAGUUCCACGGAGAGCGAGGAAGAAGAGGAGAGUCCAGACCGGCGCCAGGAGGCCAACUCUGACCUCCCCUCCGAGUACUGGCAGAUCCAGAAACUAGUCAAGUACCUCAAGGGAGGGAACCAGACGGCCACCAUCAUCGCUCUGUGCUCGAUGCGGGACUUUAACCUGACCCAGGAGACGUGUCAGCUGGCCAUCCGAGACGUCGGCGGUCUGGAGGUCCUUAUCAACCUGCUGGACACCGAAGAGAUCAAGUGCAAGAUUGGAUCCCUGAAGAUUCUGAAAGAGAUCAGUCACAACGCGCAAAUCCGGCGCGCGAUCGCGGAUCUCGGGGGUCUGCAGACCAUGGUGAAGAUUCUCAAGUCGCCUGACAAGGACCUGAAGUGCCUGGCCGCAGAAACCAUCGCCAACGUGGCCAAGUUCCGCCGCGCACGCCGUACCGUCAGGCAACAUGGCGGCAUCAAAAAGCUGGUUGGUUUGCUGGACUGUGCUCCUCUUGGCUCUGUCCCGAUGACUCCUGAGGUUGAGAAGGACAUCGAGGUGGCUCGCUGUGGCGCCCUGGCUCUCUGGAGCUGCAGUAAGAGCACUAAGAACAAGCAGGCCAUCCGUAAGGCUGGGGGCAUCCCGCUACUGGCCAGGCUACUCAAGUCUUCUCAUGAGAACAUGCUGAUACCAGUGGUGGGCACUCUGCAGGAGUGUGCUUCAGAGCAAAGUUACCGGCUGGCUAUUCGGACAGAGGGAAUGAUAGAAGACUUGGUGAAGAAUCUCCACAGCGAGAACCAAGUCCUCCAGAUGCACUGUGCCUCGGCCAUCUUCAAGUGUGCUGAGGAGAAGGAGACCCGUGACCUUGUGCGUCAGUACGGAGGACUGGACCCGCUGGUGUCCCUCCUGGACAAGUCUGACAACAAGGAACUCCUGGCCGCUGCCACCGGUGCCAUCUGGAAAUGUGCCAUCAGCCCCGAAAAUGUGGAAAGGUUCCAGGAGUUGAAAGCUAUUGAGAAGCUGGUCUCCCUCCUUCAAAACCAGCCAGAAGAGGUUCUGGUUAACGUGGUCGGCGCUCUGGGAGAGUGCGCACAGGAGCCGCAAAACCGCAUGUCCAUUCGUAAGGCUGGCGGCAUCCCCCCAUUAGUCAACCUCCUGACGGGGACCAACCAAUCACUGCUGGUUAACGUGACCAAGGCUGUGGGAGCGUGCGCCACCGAGACAGAAAAUAUGACGAUCAUUGACCGGCUGGACGGUGUGAGACUGCUGUGGUCACUCCUGAAGAACCAGAACCCUGAGGUCCAGGCCAGCGCUGCAUGGGCCAUCUGUCCAUGUAUCGAGAACGCCAAGGAUGCGGGUGAGAUGGUGAGGUCAUUCGUAGGUGGAUUGGAGCUGAUCGUGAGUCUCCUCAAGUCCGAGCACAAGGAGGUUCUCGCCAGCGUGUGCGCCGCCAUCGCUAACAUCGCCAAGGACGAGGAGAACCUGGCCGUCAUCACGGACCACGGCGUAGUGCCCAUGCUCGCUAAACUGACAAACACGACUGACGACAAGUUGAGACGACAUCUUGCGGAGGCCAUCGCUCGCUGCUGCAUGUGGGGGAACAACCGUGUCGCCUUCGGUGAGGCGAACGCCGUCGCGCCGCUCGUACGGUACCUGAAGUCGCCGGACGAGUCUGUCCACCGAGCCACCGCCCAGGCGCUGUUCCAGCUGUCCAGAGACCCCGAGAACUGCAUCACUAUGCACAACGCUGGGGUGGUCAAGCUGCUAUUGGACAUGGUUGGGUCCACUGACGAAGCUUUGCAGGAAGCUGCAGCUGGUUGUAUUGGUAACAUCAGGAGGCUGGCACUGGCCAAUGAGAAGGCCAAAUACCCUUGAACUGACCAAUCAGGACUUCAUCUUUUUGGGGACCAAUGAAAUGACUUCUUACAUGCUGUUGCAACAACCAACCACAAACAGGCACAUGUAAUGCUAGCCAAUGAGAAUUGUUAUAGUAUGUUAACCAAUGAUGUUUCUUCUCUCAAAGUAAGUUGUACAGUUGCCUAUCAUGUGAACUUAUAUGUGUAAAAGUUUUCUUUCCACUUUUUUUGAAAUAAACUUUUAGGCUACAUAUAAACUUGGUGUUAAAUAUUUGUAU